ACAUGAUGAAAAUCAUCAUUCGUUAUUGUUCACAAUGGGGUAACAUGAGUACUAAGACUUGUACUGUUAAUCCGAACAUUAAGGUGGCUUAAUUGAAAUAACAGAUUGCCUAACUUACAGAGAUUCGUGAAGAAGAUCAGACAUUGAUCCUAAAUGAAUACACUCUUGAAGAUGAUCAGCAUCUUUUUAAUUAUAAUCCUGAAGAUUGCCAAUUCAUUUAUGUGAAUAGGGAGAAUCAAGUAGUAGAAGAAGAAACUUCAGAAACAGAAGUCUUGGAAACUCAAAAAUGUUACAAUCGUAUGAAAGGAUAUGAAAAAUUGGGCAUUGUACAUGAAGACUCAGAGGAAGAAGAUGAGAGUCGCAAAAAAUCUUUAGGUAUGCAUAAAACCUAAAUGGAAAUUGCUGCUGAAUUCAUUAAGGUAAGUAUAGUGUUUCAAUUUAUCAGCUAGUAAAAUGCAAUGACAUUCCAGCAGUAAAAGCAAUGGUUAGCAAUCAUAAAAGUCCAUCUUUUGAUAUUAUUAAUGACAGAUAAUAUUGUGGAUUUAGCGGAUUCCACUAUGCAAACCUAAAUGGACAUGAAGAACUAGUUGCAUAUUUAAUUGAGGAGGGUGCUGAUAUAAAUUUUUGUACGAAAGAUAGAUAAUCCCCACUUCAAUUAGCUUUAAAAAAUUAAAAAAUAGAAUGUGCUAAACUUCUUCUAAAUAAGUAAGUUUGUGAUGUGAAUUAUUGUGAAUAAGGAAAGAGUGCAUUACAAUUGGCAGUUCAAAAAGGAGAAUUGGAUAUUGUAGAAUUGAUACUAAAACAUCCUUAAUUUGAUGCAUAGGCAGUUGAUUUAAGUGAAAUAAAAGGAGAUUAAUAUGCCACAUAAUUGGUGACUUAUCAUUGUCAAUAGAAAUCGAAUAAAACUUAAGAAUUGGUUAAACCUAAGGCUCAGAAAGGAUAUAUAAAGAAAGUGAAUGUGAUGAAGUUCUUUCAUUACAAACGUUACUUAACAUUAGACCCAGAAGCAGGUACCCUUUGUAGAUAUAAAACAGAAGGGGAUUGUCCUCUUAAUCCUAUUGAGAUGAUUGCAUUAUCAAAUGUAGUAUCAGUUUGGAAUCCAAAAAGAGAAUGGUAUAUGAAAAGUGAUCAUGAAUAUUUAAGUGUAAGAGAUAUUGAUUACUAUAUUUUAGGUCUCAUAUAAGAAGAGUGGAGUUGUGAUAUUGUUAUUUUGUUCAAAAAGUAAGAAUACAAUUCUGAGUUGGAAAAAGAGCCUUGAAGAUUCAAUUGUGUAUUACAAAGAAUCUGAAAGGAAAAUAGCAUAAUUGUCUAUAUAAGGAGACAUAAUGACAUUGAAUCAAUACAUAAGUAUUGGUGGUGAUGGACAAUUUAAUGUAAUAGCAGAUUCUCGAUGUUAAUCUUUGAAUGAUUAAGCUGCUUAAAAUUUAAAAAUGUAAGCAUAAUAAGUAUAAGAUUAAUUAUAAUAAUAAUAAUAACAAUAAUAAUAAUAAUAAUAAUAAUAAUAAUAAUAAUAAUAAUAAUAAUAAUAAUAAUAAUAAUAAUAAUAAUAAUAAUAAUAAUAAUAAUAAUAAUAAUAAUAAUAAUAAUAAUAAUAAUAAUAAUAAUAAUAAUAAUAAUAAUAAUAAUAAUAAUAAUAAUAAUAAUAAUAAUAAUAAUAAUAAUAAUAAUAAUAAUAAUAAUAAUAAUAAUAAUAAUAAUAAUAAUAAUAAUAAUAAUAAUAAUAAUAAUAAUAAUAAUAAUAAUAAUAAUAAUAAUAAUAAUAAUAAUAAUAAUAAUAAUAAUAAUAAUAAUAAUAAUAAUAAUAAUAAUAAUAAUAAUAAUAAUAAUAAUAAUAAUAAUAAUAAUAAUAAUAAUAAUAAUAAUAAUAAUAAUAAUAAUAAUAAUAAUAAUAAUAAUAAUAAUAAUAAUAAUAAUAAUAAUAAUAAUAAUAAUAAUAAUAAUAAUAAUAAUAAUAAUAAUAAUAAUAAUAAUAAUAAUAAUAAUAAUAAUAAUAAUAAUAAUAAUAAUAAUAAUAAUAAUAAUAAUAAUAAUAAUAAUAAUAAUAAUAAUAAUAAUAAUAAUAAUAAUAAUAAUAAUAAUAAUAAUAAUAAUAAUAAUAAUAAUAAUAAUAAUAAUAAUAAUAAUAAUAAUAAUAAUAAUAAUAAUAAUAAUAAUAAUAAUAAUAAUAAUUAUAAUAAUAAUAAUAAUAAUAAUCUCCUUCUCAUAAAACACUUUCUCUAGUCGAAGAAAACUUGGGAAAUGAGUAAUUUAAACAAUAUUUAAUAAAUUACACUGUAAUAAAAUAAAUUGGAUAAGGAGCAUUUGGUAGAGUAUUCUUAGUCAAAUACAAUCCAACUAAUUAGGUUUAUGCUAUGAAACAAUUAAAUAAAAGAAAAUUGUUAUAAAAAAAGUAAGUGAAAUUUGCAGUUACUGAAUGUGAUAUAUUGAAGUAAGUAGAUUCACCAUACAUAGUGAAUUUGUUUUAAUCUUUUUAAACCCUCAAUAAUCUUUAUUUAGUUAUGGAUUAUUGUGGUGGUGGAGAUCUAUCAUUCCAUCUUUAUAAACAUAAGACUUUUAAUGAAGCCACUUGUAAAAUAAUUAUUAGAUAAUUAAUGAAAGCAGUAGAAUACUUACAUAGUAAAGAUAUAAUCUAUAGAGAUUUAAAGCCUGAGAAUAUUCUCAUAGAUAAUGAAAAUAAAAUUAAAUUAGUUGAUUUUGGACUUUCUAAGUAAACUGAAAUGGGAAAAGCAAGAACUUUUUGUGGUUCUCCUGCUUAUCUUGCACCAGAAGUUCUAUCAUAAAAAGGAGCUGUACAAGCAACAGAUGUUUAUGGAAUAGGGACAGUUUUAUAUGAAUUACUUAUUGGUGAACCUCCUUAUUUUAGUGAGGAUUUGGAUACAUUAUAUAAUAAUAUCAGAAAUGAUAAUUUAGAGAUUCCAAAUAAGUUAAGCAGAUCUUGCCAAUCUAUAUUGCAAAGUCUAUUAUAAAAAGAGGCUAACAAAAGAAUUGGAUGUAAGAUUCCUUCACAAGUUAAUUGGAAUAUCAUUAAAUAACAUGAAUGGUUAGAUUGGGAUAAUCCAUAGGAAAAAGUUAGCUUUGGAUUGACAUAAGAAAACUUAGCUAAUGUUGUAAAGAAUUAUACUCAUGUAAUAUUAAAUGAUAUCUUUAGAAUUUGGGUGAUACUGAUUACACUGAUGAAAAUUAUAAAUUAAACAGAAUAGUUGGAUGGACUUUCGUGAGGGUUAAUUGA